GGAGGACGCGGGGUCUUACGGCUGCAUCGCUUCCAACGCCCACGGGCAACGGCAGUCCACCGUCCUCCUUCGAAUUCAGGGUCUGUCGAAAGACCCGUGAAGGGAUCUGGAUUCCGCCUCACCCCUCGGAAGUCACCCGCCGAUCGCGACUUCCACAGCCAUCAGGAUGGCGUGGUGGGGCUCCGAGGUCUCAUAGAUGUGGUCCGAGGGGUGAGGUGGAAUCGGUCCACUUCUGAGUGCAAGCCACCCGGUCGACCGACGGGCUUGAGGGCGAUGGACGCGAGGAGCCGAUCGGUGGUCAUCACAUGGGACGAAUACCCGCCGUCGUCCGGCGUUCAGACGUUCGUCCUCAAUCAUAAGAAGACCACAGACGGUUGGGACGAAGGGAAGUUCGUGACGACGGAGGUGUCCUCGAACGAACUGGACUACGCCCUCUCUUCGCUGCAGCCGGCGACGUCGUACACGGUGAGGGCGUUUGCGAGGAAUCAUCUGGGACUCAGCCUGGCUUCGGAGGAGCUCGUCUUUCUCACGGAGGAGGAAGGUCCGACCGGGGAGGUGAGAGACCUGAAGGCCGAAGUCCUGGGACCCAGAAGCGCCCUCAUCACCUGGUCGCCGCCCGAUCCCCAAACCUGGAACUCCAUCCGCCUCAACUACCGACUCGGCAUCAAGUCCCACCACGGAGACCAGUACAACUCGACCGAGGUUCAGCCCAAGGACGAGGGGAAGCCUCAGGAGACGCUGAGAGGCCUCAGGCCUUUCACCAAGUAUUUCGUCACCGUUCGGGCUUUCAACGGCCGGGGGGUGGGGCCUCUCCCUCUGCCUCUCCACUUCACCACCCUCGAAGACGUGCCAGGAGAGCCUCCCCAGGCGUUGACCUGCAAGACUCUCACCUCCACCGGCAUCGAGGUCCAGUGGGAUCCACCUCCAACGUCUUCACAAAACGGAAUUCUCCAAGGAUACAAAAUCCUCUACUAUCACGAUGAAGAUAGGGCGAAGGAGAUGACGUCUUCGAGGACCACGGUGAUCCUCAAGGACCUCCUCAAGUUCACCAAUUAUUCCAUUCAGGUCCUGGCGUUUACGUCAGCCGGGGACGGCGUCUCUUCUCCGCCCGUCUCGUGUGUCACUCAUCAAGACCUCCCAGGCCCCGUCGGAGGGAUCAAGUGCCUGCGAAGCAAGAAGACCGCGGUGAUGGUGAGCUGGAUCCCCCCGCAGUUCCCCAACGGCCCCAUCCGGUCCUACGAGGUCCAGAUCCGACGGGUCCCCUCGGGUGAGGAGGAAUUCCGCAAGUCCGCCUCCCCGCACCUCACCGCCUUCGAAGUGCAGGGGAUGAAGGCGGGGGAAUACGACGUCUGGGUCUGGGCGGCGAACGCGGUGGGGGGAGGGGAGAGGAGUCCGCCCGUGAGGGUCGUCGUCGAUGGGACCGUGCCGGCGGGGAUCUACUCGUUCGGCGGGGUGGAGCGAGUGUGGAGGGGAGCGGACCACACGCUCUGGUGCCAUUCGGUGGGGGACCCGGCUCCGAGGACCGGCUGGGUCAGGGGGGACGGGGAGGGGGUGGACCACCUGGUGGAGAGGGAUGGGUCGCUCAGGAUCAGGGGGGUGGGGAGGGGGGAUGGGGGUGGGUACACGUGCACCGUGUACAAUCCGCUGGGGCGGGACUCCAUUUCGUAUCGGCUGCACGUGCUGGUGCCGCCGAGUCCCCCGCAGCUGCGGAUCCUGGACCGAACGCAAUCGACGAUCGAAGCGGAAUGGGAGUCGACAGACGACGGCGGCAGCCCCAUCACCCACUACGUGGUGGAGCACAAGGCAGACGGCGAAUGGGUGGAGCGGAAGACGAGCCAGCGACAGACCUCCCUCCGAGUGGAGGACCUCCCGUGCGGCACCGCCCUCCUCUUCCGCGUCAGGGCCGGGAAUCGCAUCGGGGAGUCGGAGCCGAGUCGGCCCGUGUCGACCCGGACGCUCGGCGACCGCCCCGUCUGGCCCCGCCCGGACGACCCCCCCCUCGUCGCCAACCACACCUCCGUGCAAGUCUUCCUCGACCGGGUCCGGGAGCGGGAAUGCCCUCUGGAGUAUGUUUCCCUCGAGUACAUGAGGGAAAACGAGGACGCCUGGAUCAUCGUUUAA